AUGGCUUCCACGCUGCCUCAAGACCGCCGCCCCGUCGUCAUCUCCGGCCCCUCGGGCGUAGGCAAGGGCACACUCUUUAAGCGUCUGUUCGACGCGCACAAGGACUGUUUUGCUCUAUCUGUAUCGCAUACGACGCGCAAGCCACGCGCUGGCGAGGCCCACGGUGUUGAUUAUUAUUAUGUGCCAGCCGAGGAAUUCGAAGCCUUAGUCCAGGCCGAUGGCUUUGUCGAGCACGCCAAGUUCGGUUCCAACCGCUACGGUACCUCUAAGCAAACCAUUGCUGACCAGACCGCCAAGGGUCGUGUCGUCGUACUUGAUAUUGAGAUGGAGGGUGUCAAGCAGAUUAAGAAUAGCGGCAUAGAAGCGCGCUAUGUCUUUAUUAAGCCGCCUAGCUUCGAGGAGCUCGAAAAGCGCCUGCGAGGUCGAGGUACCGAGGACGAGGACUCCAUCGUCAAGAGGCUAAAUCAGGCCAAACUCGAGCUCGAAUACGCCGAUACGCCUGGUGUUCACGAUAUUAUCAUUGUCAAUGACGACGUCGAGAAGGCAUUUAAGGAGUUAGAAGACUUUAUCUACAAGCCAUUAGCAUAG